CUUGGUGCACAAGUAAACCAACAACAUGAUCACAUCUAUAAAUACGUAAACACUUACGCAGGCUCAUUCGAUUCACAUAUAUUAUAUAUAUAUAUAUAUAUAUACAAUAAUACAAAUACACAGCAGAGUCAAGUCGUCUCAAGUUUAUGAACAGAGUGAAGAAUACAGAAUUUAUCACACAUAGCAGCAGCGAAGAGCAUAUCAUGACAAUGCAAGAUUUAUCCUCUACGGUGUCGUUUAGCCCUAGCUUCAGUUUCUACGCCUCCGGUGACCUAGUCGAAGCCGCCGUUAGAGUUGUUCGCGAGUCCGAGAGUUAUAAUUAUUCCGUUAAAGUUGACGGCGAAAACGACAAAGAGUUCGAGUUUGAAACAUUACCGUUAGGUGACGAGAGCUUCUUCCAUUUCCCGACGACGACUUUGAAGCGAUCAUCCGACGAUGACGACGUGGCAGAAGGUCGACUCACGUCUAAUAAGGAUCUUUUCUACGGUGGAUGGAGUAUUGAUCCGCCUCUAUCUUCACCGUCUCAAUCGCAUUCAUCGUCGGAGUCUGACGAUUCAGAGGACAUGUCUCCGAGCAAAUGUUUCUGGAGUCCGAUCAGGUCUCCGGCGAGAGGAGAUGGCUUGAAGACGAAGAGCAAAUCUUCCAGCGAGCCGAGACGGUGUCGUUUCAAGGAGCUUCUGAGGAGAAGCCACAGCGACGGAGCUUUUUCGACAUCGAGCGCUUCCAAACGGUGCAGUUUCAAGGAUCUUCUGAGAAGAAGCCACAGCGACGGUGGCAGUGGCGAGGGGUCUUCGAGUUCGCCAAGCGGUAAUGGCUCGCCGAUAGUGAAAGGGAAGAAACAAACAGUGUCGUAUAAGCCUCAAGUGGUUCAGAGAAGAAAAUCUUAUUUACCUUACAGGCAAGAUUUGAUCGGCGUUUUCGCCGGAAUGAGCAGAUUCCGUCAUUGAUUAAAGUUUAAGCAUCUCCUAAUUUUAUUUUAUUUUUUAUUACCUCAACUGAUUAAUUUACAAAGAGGUCCUUGUUUGUUUAUAGUUUUUCGUUUUUGACCAUGUAAGACUUUUUUUGGGUGCUAUUAAACUCCAAAUAUACUUGUGUUUUGUAAGACUUUCGAGGAAAUAGAGAGUUCACGAAAGGGAGCGUUUAUUUA